GCUCGGGAGCUCAGUCGAAUCCAGCGGCAGCGCCGCCGCCUCCACCAAACCAGAGCCGGCAGCUCCGAGGAGGAGCAGCUUCUCCAGCAGCUGCCGCCGCGGAGCCCCGCGCCCUCCCGCCCGCCUGCCCUCGUCCCCUUCUCUCCCUCCUGUACCCCCAACUCCUAGCCGGGUGCUAAGUCACCCCGGGAGCUCAGGAUCUUUCUCCUCCCCUCACAGGUCUGUCCCUCCCGCCCUAGCCGCUCCUCUUCCCCAUCCUCGCCCUCAUCACCUAGCGGGACCUGGGCUGGCAGGCGGGAGGACACCAUGAAUCUGGGGGGUGGCAACAGCAGCCGGCGCCGCCGGGCAGAGAGCGGGGACCCCGAGCCCCCUCCUCUUCCGCCCCCCGGAGAACCUCCGGCCGGCCCCCCGCGCUACCUGCCGCCGCUGACCCCGCCACUGCCCAGCCUGCUGUCGCUGCCCUCGCUGCCCAUCCUGCCCGCGCUGCCACCGCCCCCUCAGGCGCCGCCGGGACUGGCUCCUAGGCAGGACGAGCCGCCGACGCUGGCCGAAGGGAUCCCGCGGCGAGGAGUAGGAGAGGAGCCGCCGCCGCAGCCGCCCCCGCCGCCGCCGCUGCCGCCCCCGCCGCCGCCUCUGCUGCCUCCCCCGCCGCCGCCGCAGCUCCCGCUCCUGCUCCCGCUCCCGUUUCCUUUGGCGGAGCAAGAGCCGUCAACCGGCGGAGACUCUGGGGAACGUCCAAAGCGCUUUUCUGAACCUCCUCCUCCUCCUCCGGAAGCGGCGAUUAAGGACUCGGAGGAGCCGCAGACGGCGAGAGUCGGAGGGGAGGCAGAAGGACCGAGCUCCUCUGAACAGCCCGAGACCCGCUCGGUGUGCAGCAGCCGCAGUAGCAGCAGCAGCAGCAGCGACCAGCGCACGGGGCACCACCUCCACCAGCACCAACACCACCAGCCCAUCUGCAAGAUCUGCUUUCAAGGAGCUGAGCAGGGUGAACUGUUAAAUCCUUGCAGAUGUGAUGGGUCAGUUCGGUAUACACAUCAGCUAUGCCUAUUAAAGUGGAUCAGUGAAAGAGGGUCAUGGACCUGUGAACUCUGCUGUUAUAGAUACCAUGUAAUAGCAAUUAAAAUGAAAAAACCUUGCCAGUGGCAAAGCAUUUCUAUAACAUUGGUUGAGAAAGUUCAGAUGAUUGCUGUAAUCCUAGGAUCACUGUUCUUAAUAGCAAGUGUGACUUGGCUUCUGUGGUCAGCCUUCAGCCCCUAUGCGGUAUGGCAAAGGAAGGACAUCCUCUUUCAAAUCUGCUAUGGGAUGUAUGGUUUUAUGGAUCUAGUGUGCAUAGGUCUCAUUGUGCAUGAAGGGGCAGCAGUUUACAGAGUAUUUAAGCGCUGGAGGGCCGUUAAUUUGCACUGGGAUGUAUUAAAUUACGACAAAGCCACAGAUAUAGAAGAAAGUAGCCGAGGAGAGUCUUCUACAAGUAGGACAUUGUGGUUGCCACUGACAGCUUUGCGAAAUAGAAACUUAGUUCACCCAACACAGUUAACCUCACCAAGAUUUCAGUGUGGCUAUGUACUAUUACACCUGUUCAAUCGAAUGAGGCCCCAUGAAGACUUGUCAGAAGAUAACAGCUCGGGGGAGGUUGUGAUGAGAGUGACUUCAGUGUAAUGAAAAUGUAAGGAUAAUGCACUGUGGACCAUCGAAACAGCAUUUUGGAAUGUAGUUGCAAUGAAUGGUGAACCCAUAGCACUUCUAAAAACAUAUAUGAACUUUUUAAAUUUAUGCUUUUUAUAUGAACAAUGGAAUUGCAAAUACAUUUUCUGAAAAAAAAAAGUCCCUUUGCUCUUUGUUUUCUGAUUUAUGACAUCUUUUUAUAAGUUGGUACUUGGAAUCAUUUGAAAUAUAAUUUACAUGUUAUUAGUUGACACAAUGAAGAAACUGAUCCUUACAGCCAAAAA